AUGUAUAUAUUUGACUUAUUAGUUGAGGGUGACUAUAUGUCAUUGAUCAAUCGAUUGGUUGAAAUCGAUCAUAUCAAUCAGAUACAAUCAAAAACUAUAACAAACAGUAAUAAUAACAGUAAUAAUCAUGUAAAGAAUAACAAUAGUAAUAAUAAUAAUAAUGAUAAUAAAGUUAAUAUUUAUGAAGAAUAUGAAAUGUGUUUAUCAUAUUUAGUUAAUUUAACAGUUAAUAAUCAAUCACUAACAGAGAUAAAAGAGAUUCUACAUUGUUACUCAUCAAAGAUGUCUAUCCACAUGGCAAUGUCACUCACUAGAAUCACACAAUAUCAAUAUAUAGAUACUAAAUCAUAUCAUUCAUUCAUACAAGAGGAAAUACAAUUCAGAAAGAAACUAUCACAUUUGGAGAAGAAAACAACAUUAAUAGAUAUAACAGAGAAUAUUGGUGAUUUAUUUGAGAAUGGUGAUAUAACUAUCAAGUUAAGAUUGGUAUUGAGUGAUCUCAUCGGUUUGUUGGACUACUCUGACAGACAGCAAGAGCUGAAUCUACUAAAGAAGCAGCAACAGCAACCACAACAACAUCAACUCGAUAUACACAAGUAUGAAUGUUCAAUAUUAGAUAUACCAAUAUACCAAGAAGAAUUAUGUUUUAUAUUACCUUUUAUUACUUUUAAAUUUAAUGAUAUUAUCAAUUUUAAUAAUAUGUUGAUAUCAUUGCUAUAUUUGAAUCAAGCACCAAAGCUGAUGCAUCUAUUGAUAUUGAAUCAUCCUUUGGAGUUCAAGGAGAUCGUGGAGGAUAUCAUAUUGAAGUCGAUAGAGUUGGUCGGUUUCGAGAGGAUCAAGAGAAUAUUGCUAGAGUUGUGUAAACUCUCAAAGUUUGUCGCUACCUUUAUCCGCGCGAAACUGAUAGAACAAACAUUGAUGCCAGAGUUAAUCUUUAUGAUAACAACACAGUUUAUCAAAGACGACAUCAACUUUCUCAGUAAUAUCAUUGUAAAUAGACAGGAGUAUCAAUGGAUCAAAGAUUAUAUUUCGCAAAGAGAAUCACCUUCAUUCAAUGAGAUAAGAGAUAAUCUAUUAUCAAUUUUGGAUAAAUCUAAUAAUAAUCAAAUGAAUACAUCAACAUCUGAAUUGAAUUCACCUACAGCUACAACAACUACUACAAACACUACAACUAAUGGUAGUAUUCAAUCGAUAAUAACUAUACAAUCAAUUGUUAGAAUAUAUUGUGGUAUGGCAGGUGUGCUUGGUAUCAAGUUGAGUGGUGCAGAGAUAACAGCAACUUUACAACUCAUCGAUAAAUACAAGAGUAAAUCAUUCUCAAGAAUCUAUCUAUGCUUUCUAUUGGUAAUAGAAGGUUUAUUACGUAUAAUUCAACCUAAAAGAAUAUCAGAAUGUUUUAAUAAUAUAUUAAAAACAAAUAGCUGUGAUGAUCUAUUACUGUUAAUAUCAAUCUAUUUCCAUACAAGACAGUUACCGAAUAUCGUUGUCAUUGUAAAGAAUAUUCUUGGAUUCAGACCGUCUAUUCACACUGAGAGUCUGAAUCAAAUCGGUGAGUUGUUGACCAAGGAUAUAUUCCCAGAGGCAUUGGUAGCUUUAAAGGCAUCGUUAUUACCAACUACCGAUAAUCUAUCGAAUGGUAACACAUCAAAUAUCUCUGGUAGUGGUGGUGGUAGUAGUGGUAGUAGUAGUGGUGGUGCUGAUAAUCACAAUACAUCGAUGAUGUGCAUCUAUCAUCUACUGAGUGAACGUAUCUUUGAAAAGUAUGAAACCGACAUGGGUCAAUGGAUAUGGACACAAACACUGAAAGCAUCUACACCCAUACAUUAUCUACUACCUUCAUGUUUAGAUAAACUUAUUAAAAAAACCGUCGAUUCUAACGAAUACACCAUUGUUCUAUAUGAAGAGGAUAUCAGAGUGGACGAUAUCAUCGUUGUUUGUGCCGUCAAAACAGACACCUAUGGUCGUACAGGUGUUGGUUGUCUACUUUGUACUAAGACAUCUUCUAUUCUAAUAGAAACAACACAAUUAAAAGAGUAUUCAGAUGAAUUCCUUUCAAAGCUACCAAUACAAAGUUGUUUGAAUACAAUACAAUCGAAUGCUAAGGAUUACUUUUAUAUUAUUCCACCGUUUUUCUACUUGGUUAGCUCGCAAUUUCCACAGUUGUUCAACGUUGCUCUGUUGCUCGAAGAAGAGGAGCGUCACUACAAUUCUAUCGCCACACUAAACUACAUACCGCAAUACUUUAAGCAAUCAAUCUAUCCAAAGAGUGCAGAUACUAAAUAUACAGUGUCGGUAUUCCAAAAGACAACCAGCAAUCCAACAACCACCUAUCUUAUUCUUAGCUACUUGAAUACACUACCGGAUGCUUCUCUCACUGCACUGGUCAUUCCUCUCGUCCAACAUCUCCUGCCUAUACUCAUCGAUAACUUCCAGCAACCACAGAUCGACGGUAUCAUUCCGCUAUUUACCGAUUUGUGGAGUCGAUUGUUUCCUCUCGACCAAACGAACGUCGCACUAAAGACAAUAAAUCUAUCGGCAUUCCUGGCGGAGCGCUAUCCAAUACCCAAGAGUCUACGUAUUUGUAGAUAUGCACUUGGUCGUAUUGCUCAUAAUCUUGGUGUAAAUCUUACCUCUACACACAACAAUAAUAGUAGUAAUAGCACUAGUAACAUAGUUAUCAAUGUCCGUUCCGACUUUGAAAAAGAUAACUUUAUCAAACAAAUAUUACCGUCGCUAACCAGAUUUGCCAAGACCUACCCGAUAUUGGCAGAAGAUUGUCUACAAAUCUUAACUGAACAACUACCCAACAAACAAUUAUUUAAUAAUAAUAGUAAUAAUAAUGGAGCUCAACCAAAUAAUAAUGCAGACAAAUCACAACAUCAACAGUUUUAUAAUGGAUUUUCAACACCAACACUAGAGCAACAAACCAAUACAACACCGUGGAUAAAAGUAAACGAUAAAACAACCAUUCAUACAGAUAUAUAUCAAGCGAUUCAGAUACUCGUUAAGAAUAUAACGAAUUAA